CAACCGUGCGGCUGGACGUCACUUCCGGUGUGGUGGUUUCUCUCGUGGAGCUCCUCGUGCUCCUGCUGGAUACCGAACGGUGCGGGUGUGGGGCGGGCUGGCUGUAGAAGCCCGCCCCGGGAUAACGGGCAUGGCGGAGCCGGCGGGAGUGUCCAGCAGACAUGAGAAGAGUCUGGGGCUCCUCACCAGCAAAUUCGUGUCACUGCUUCAGGAGGCGAAGGACGGUGUGCUGGACCUGAAAGUGGCGGCUGAUACGCUGGCUGUGAGACAGAAAAGAAGAAUUUAUGAUAUUACCAAUGUAUUAGAGGGGAUCGGUUUGAUAGAGAAAAAAUCAAAGAACAGCAUUCAGUGGAAAGGUGUUGGCGCUGGAUGUAACACAAAGGAAAUUCUAGACAGGCUCAGGAAUCUUAAAGCAGAAAUUGGAGACCUGGAGCUAAAAGAAAAGGAGCUGGACCAACAGAAAGUGUGGCUGCAACAGAGCAUCAAUAAUGUUAUGGACGAUUCAGAAAAUAAAUUAUUUUCUUUUGUAAAUCACGAUGACCUGUGUAAUUGUUUUAAUGGUGACACCCUUUUGGCAGUUCAAGCUCCUUCUGGUACACAACUAGAAGUUCCCAUUCCAGAAAUGGGCCAAAAUGGACAAAAAAAGUACCAGAUCAGUUUAAAGAGUAGCUCUGGGCCAAUUAAUGUGCUGCUUAUUAAUAAGGAAUCUAGCACAUCAAAGCCUGUUGCUUUCCCAGUGCCCCCACCUGAUGACAUCACACAGUCUGACACUUCCAGUAGUUCUAGGAAACCACCCACCCAAAAUCCUCGGCCAGAGGAAGCGCAGCAUAACAACCUACCACAGCCCAGUACAAAUGAAAAUAUGCAGGCGAGCAUUACUGCAAGUAGCUUUUCAGAACUGCCAGAUUCGUUAUUAUAUCCUUCACUAACUUCAGAUCUAACUCAGACUACUGCCAGCUCAAGUGAUUACCAACCACAGCUGCUUCCCCUGGAUGUCAGCAAUAUCCUCAAACCUAAUUCAUUCGACAUAACAAAAAUGGAUGACCAAGAAGGUCAGAUAAGUGGUGACUUAAUUGAUGAGCUAAUGUCUUCUGAUGUGUUCCCUUUGCUGCGGCUUUCUCCCACUCCAGGAGAUGACUACAACUUCAACUUGGAUGACAGUGAAGGAGUUUGUGACCUCUUUGAUGUGCAGAUUCUAAAUUAUUAGAUAUAAUUCCUCUUCUGGAUUUCUGUCUACCUCCUUCCUGCCUUACACAUCGUAGCAUCAAAGUUGAUGUGUUUUUUUUUUUUUUUUUCUCCUUUAACUUGGAUUUAUAUUUUCAUGUACAGUGAGAUUAGAUUAUUUUUUUUUUUUUAAGUGAAUUUUUUUUUUAUAUAUUACUGAAAUUGUUUUUAGAGCAAAUACUUUAUUCAGCAAUUAGCAAUGGAUAAUUAUAAACCAAAUUCCGUUGACAUUGAUUCUACACACAAUUUGGUAAAGCUUUAUUGGAAAUCUGUUAAUGAGUUAAAGGGCCCCGUGUUGCCUAACCAGCCA